UUCAUUUAUAUAUGUAUAUUUGCCUUCCAUUGAUAUAAACCAAAAAAAAGUAUUCCCAUCCCACCAAUCUUGUCAUUUCCUUACAUGAAAUGGCAUUAUCAUAUUUGUGUUCAACCAAAUUCUUUUUGAUUCUAGUAAUCCUAUCAGCAAUCCCAUUAGCCAUUCUCAUCUCACUUGAAUCAGCCACACCCUCAACCCACUCCUAUCAGUUUCACAGCACAGGCUGGUUCAGAGAAGCCAGCAAAUGGGACCCAGUCAACAACCGUUUCAUUGUCUCUUUUACUGACACAGGCGGCCUCGGUGUUGUCCAUGUUCCCGAUGAUGAUCACAACAACAAGGGUGUUGUACUCGAAGAGAUUCCUGUUGUGAAAAACCAUGAUGCUGUUGGCAAUGGGACAUGUGGUCUUUUCAUUGACCGUCCUAGGAACAGAGUGGUUGUUGCUAUUGCCGAUCUUUUCGGGAACAAAUAUAGUGCUGUUGCAGCUUAUGAUUUGGAUUCCUGGCAGCGUUUGUUUUUCACUCAGCUUAGUAACCCAGGUGAUGGAAAAACCUUUGCAGAUGAUGUAACCGUCGAUGCUGAAGGGAAUUCAUACGUAACAGAUGCCAAAGGUACUCAGAUAUGGAAAGUUGGAAUCGACGGAAAACUUUUAUCGGUUAUAAAGAGCCCACUUUUUCAUGCUAAAGAGUGGUACAACAACAUAUUCACACUCAACGGGAUUGUCUACCAUCCAAAUGGCUACUUGCUUGUGUCCCACACAAUGACCGGGAACCUGUUUAAGAUUGAAGUCAACAAUGACAACAAAGUCACAUUAGUUGAGCUUGACGCCAGCCUGAAAGUUGCCGAUGGGAUGGAACUUUUAUCUGCUUCUAAACUUGUUGUCGCUGGAGCUAAUGGUGUAAAGUUAGUUGAGAGCAAAGAUGAUUGGGUAACAGCUUCACUUAUCGGAAGGUCACCUGUGCUUGCACAUCGGAUGGCCACUGCAGCUGUGGUGAAGGAUGGGAAGGUGUAUAUCCACCAUGCUCUUGGUAUGGGCUACCCGAAGAAGAAACACGUAUUAGUUGAAGCCGCCUUUUCAUAGAUUUUUAGUUUUCCUUCAAGUUUUAGUUUAUAUGUUGUAUAAUAAUCCAGACUGUCAAGAAAAAAAAGCUGUUCAUUUGAGCUAUUUUUUCUCUCUAAAACUGCCAUCUUUCCAGAUGAAUGUAAUCUUUGCACACCGAGAAUUAGGGAGGAAA